AUGCAGCCGGGAAUUUUGGCAGACGGACAACACCCAUCUGCGCAGGCUAGACGCCAAGUGGGCAACCCACAUUUCAGCACGUUCGCCGACCCCGCAAGGACGGCAUCCGUCAUCGGGCGGGUCAAGGCCGCGACAGAUCGUGUCAAACGCGUCACAGUAUCUGCAUCUGUGAUCGUCUACGUCGCUCGCUGCCAACGCUGCAACCGCACGCGACUUUGCGCGCUAUGCCGCAGCGUUAAGUGUCCGCCGCUGCCGCGGGGCGUAAAAAUACUCGGUUCAAUGACCCCCACCGCGGGAGCGAUGUUUGCUCUAACGCAGUCCGAUUCCGCCCCCGUCGGC